AUGCCCCGCAGUGUGAGUGGUGUGGAGAUGAGAAAAAGGCAGGCGGCCCACAUCGAGGCCCCAGCUCCGGCCCCUGGACAUCCAAGACCCAACACCUGCUGCUUGUGCUGGUGUGGCUGCUGCAAGUGUCUGUGGAAUGAGGACCGGAUGGAACGAGGUGAACGCCAAACCUGUAAAAUGGACAGUAUUGAGGCUGGUGAUGAACAACACCCCACUUUGGACGAGGUGCUGUCGUGGGCCCGGAGCUUUGAGCUAUUGCUUCGAUCUUUAGAAGGCCGAGAGGUGUUUCGCGGGUUCUUGCGCUCUGAGUACAGUGAGGACAACCUGCUCUUUUGGUUAGCCUGCGAUGAACUGAAGACAGAGGCCAAUCCAACAACAGUGGAAGAGAAGGCCAGAAUCAUAUAUGAAGAUUAUGUGUCCAUACUAUCACCCAAAGAGGUGAGCCUGGAUUCUCGGGUCAGAGAAGGCAUCAACCAGAGCCUCGCUGAGCCCAGUAACCUGAUGUACGAGGAGGCCCAGCUGCAGAUCUACACCCUGAUGCACCGCGACUCCUACCCUCGCUUCCUCAACUCCUCCGUUUACAGAGACCUCCUGGCCAACAGGCGGCGCACUUGCCUCGACACCUAA